UUCUUCAAAUGGCGACAGCCAAUUUUUUUUGUUUUUGUUUUUUUUUUUUUUAAACAUUUUCGACUUUUGAUGUUUCUCAGAAAUCACCCUCACCCCAUACUUCUUUUCCCACUAUAUAUCUCUCUCUCCUCUUCAUCCAAAAUCGAAUCCCCGCCAUUUCUUUUUUCAUCUCUAUCUCUUCUUUUGAUCUUCAUCUCAUUAACUCACGUGAAUUUCGUUUCUUCUGUUUAUUGUAACGAAUUCAAACAACACUAUCACAUCUAUUCACAUGACAGAGAGCUAUCCACACCCAUCACACCGGAGGAAAACUCCGUCGUUCUCGUCUUCUCUCCUCGACUCCAUUCUUCGCUCCAUCGAUGAAUCCAACGACGGAGCAUCACACGAUAACAAUGGUAAUCACAAUCACAAUCACGAUCACGAAAACAGCUUUUGUGUUUCUGAGCCAAAACGGAGCAACAAAAACCAACAACGGAUCGACCAAUGGAUGGAGACUCACAACCGAAACGGUUACGUGUCAUCUAACAAGUUCAGUUCCGAUUCAAGUAGCAGUGGAACAGAGACUCCAUCAACAUACAGAUCGUUACCAAACUCCUUCACAAUAUCUCGAAAAGCGGUUUUUCUGGAUGAUACACAAAAGGAGAGUUCGAGUUUCAUGAGAUCGACAAAGCUAAAAGCUAUGAAGAUUGAUGACGAGCAGAAGAAGCCGAAACAGAAACAAAAGCAGCCGGUUUCACCUGGUAGGCGGAUUUCUGCGUUUAUCUGUUCGCUCUUCGCUUCAAAGAAAGCGAAACAGGAUAAAAUGAUGACUAGCACCUUGUCAUCAAGUAAAAAACAGGCUAGUAGCAGUGUAAAGAGGUCAGUUAGGUUUUAUCCUGUGAAGGAUACCGUUAUUGUCGAUCGAAAAUCGAUCGGUGAACGUGAUUCAAAUUCGAUGACAUCGCCAAACUACAUGAAGAAUUACAAAAACUUUGUAGUCAGUACUGAAGACGAUGAAGAUGAAGAAGAUGAUCUGUUUGAGUUGGAGAUUGCUGGUGGUUAUGGACGAGAAUUGCCAGUGUUUGAAACUACAGAUUUAAGAAAAAUUAGGAUCUAGUUAAUUCAUUACUUUUUUUUAAGUUAAUUCAUUACUUAAUGUUAUUUCAAUUUUUUUUAAUAAACGUUGUUGUUGAGUGAUUUUUAAUCAUCUCUUUAGGUAUGAAAUUUGAUUCCUUCUUUGAAAAGAAGGAAGGAAGGGGUAAUGUAUUUACCCUGUGCGUUCAAUCAUUUUAAACGAGGCUAUAAUCAUCGAUUAACGUGUCAAUUGUC